CGCGCUGCAGCUACUCACUCACGCAGUCCGCAACCGCCGAAACACUCGCUUCAGGAGCCGCUGCUGCUGUGCGCUUAUCUUUCGUACUUCGAGGAAAAAAUGAAAGUGGUCGGAGCCACGUGUGCACUGAAGAGCAAGGUUGGUCUGUCCGAGCAGAGCCUGGCCAUUUCCAAGUGCAAGCUUCCCCUGCUGGACGAGCAGAUGACCGCCUUUCUGCAGGACAUGAACAGCUGCUACAGCAAGCUGAAGGAGCUGGUGCCCACGCUGCCCGCCAACAAGAAGCACAGCAAGGUGGAGAUCUUGCAGCAUGUCAUCGACUACAUCUGGGACCUGCAGGUGGAGCUGGACGGCCCUGGUGGUCACCGGCAACAGGGGACAGCUGGGACACGCACGCCCCUCACCACCCUGAACGCCGAGCUUAGCAGCAUCUCUGUGGAGAACGGUUGCUCAGACGACAGGAUUCUGUGCCGCUGAGGUUGAGAAGGUCGCUGGUCAUCAGUAAACUGUCCUGAUUGACGUAUUCAGCCCGUGCUGUUCCAGCAGAAGAUGCAAAGAGAACCAGCCAGCGUCCGUGCAGCGCCGUCGAGUGCUAUGCACCAAAAAACAAAAAUCUGGGACUGCUUCUUUGCCUGAAGUGUCAGAGUCGGCGAGUAGAGGUCCACAGCGUGUGUGUUACGUGUGGUUUAGUUCCACCAGUUUGCCCUGGAGUCCGCCUGAGACUGAGCUUCAUAAGUAAAUAUGUUGUCUGUAUUAGAUGUCAUUGAAAAAAAAAAGACCAUGCCUUACAUCAGGGGAGACCGGUGCUGGACCUGGAUGGCCACAGUCCUGCUAACUUUGGUGAUCGGCUCUGAUACUUACUAAGCUCCGUAGUUCAACUACUGAGUCAAAGCUAAUGUGUCUGAGCAGCGAAUCCCCAAAAUCGUGCCGGACUCCGGUCAGCCAGUACUGGCGCUGGACACUCCUGUCUUAUACGUUCCUGUUCUCUUUUGUAUUUUGUAAAAUGUACACAUAGAGAAACUUAUAUUUUGUACAAAAAAAGAAAGAAUGAAAGAAAAAAAAUCCAGCUUCUCAGAUUUCUGAGCUAUAUUUGUAUUGUAUAUUACAAUGCCUUAUGAUGUCAUCGUAUUGUUUUAUUACAAUGUAUCUGAAUUGUGUUUUUAUUAAUACAGAUAGUAUUUUGGAAAAGU